AUGUCGCUGACACCACCUCAACAAGUGAGGAGGCUGUGCCCCAGCUUACACAGGCGAGAACCCACAUAUGCCUGCUGCUCUACCCAGAUGGUGGCCCUGCAGUCGCUGGCAUCUCCCAGAUCACCACAUCCACUGCCAGCCCCGCCUUCGAGUGGGCAGCCGAAUGGGGUCUUGUUUGUGUGCUGUCUUCUCUUCUGCCUGCUGACCGUGCUCUUCGGGGCCUUCCUGGUGUGGGGCGCAUCUCCAGAUCCAAGCAGGCCAGCGGCAAGGGCGGCAGCGCCAGAGGGACAGAUGACACGCUCGGAGAGGCUCAGCCAGGCCACCACCGCGUCUUGGGGAAUGUUCAGGAGAUGGGGCACCUGGUUGGCUUCCCACCCAGUCUCGGUCAUCUUGAUCUCAGCUGUGGUGGUGUGAGGCUCUCCUGGUGGGAUGGUCUUUAUCUCAGACUCACCAGACCGUUUGGAGCUCUGGUCUCGCCCACAGCGGCCGGCCGAGAGAGAGUUCUAUGACCAGAACUUGUGGCACUUCUUCAGACCAACGGUGAUCCUCACAGCCAAGGGCGGCCCAAUUACACCUAUGUCCCUCCUACUAGGCAGGAAGAACUUCAGCGGGAUCCUCUCCAUGGCUGUCCUGCUGGACCUGCUGGACCUGCAGAGCGGCUGCAAGGAUCAGGCGUUGGUGAGAGAAGGACGGCAGGAUGUGACACUCAAGGAGUGUCUGUACGCCCCCCUGGACCCCAGCUCAUGCCGCACCAGCUGCUGCGGUCAACGGCUGCGCCAGUACUUCCAGAACACCACUCGCCUGGAGAUGACGGCCAGCCAGACACAGGGGGGCAGAUGGGCAUGGUGGAUGGAAAGCCACUUCCUCUGGGUCAAGUACUCGCCUCUCUCCUUCAAGGAUAUCACCAACCUGCAGCUGAGCUGCAUGGCCGACUACGGCGCACCCGUCUUCCCCUUCCUGGCCGUGGGUGGCUACACAGGUGAAGAUUAUUCGGAGGCCCAGGCACUGAUCCUUACCUUCUCGCUGAACAACUACCCGCGCAGUGACCUGCGCUACGCCUGGGUGCUGCUGUGGGAGCAGCGCUUCCUGCAGGUGGUGGGGGAGUUCCAGCAGACCCAUGCCCACACCUACACCAUCGCCUACAUGGCCGAGCGCUCCCUGGAAGACGAGAUUAACCGCACCACGGCCGAGGACAUCCCCAUCUUCGCCAUCAGCUACCUGGUGAUCUUCCUCUACAUCGCGCUGGCCCUGGGCGAGUACUCCAGCUGCAGGCGCAUCUUGGUGGACUCCAAGGUGACGCUGGGCCUGGGCGGGAUCCUGGUGGUGCUGGGCGCCGUGUUCUCCUCCAUGGGCUUCUACGCCUAUGUGGGGCUGCCCUCCUCCCUUGUCAUCAUCGAGGUGGUUCCCUUCCUCGUGCUGGCGGUGGGCGCUGACAACAUCUUCAUCUUUGUGCUGGAGUACCAGAGGUCAGUGCGGGAGCCGGGCGAGCGGCGCGAACAGCACAUCGGGCGGGUGCUAGGCACUGUGGCACCCAGCAUGCUCCUGUGCAGCUUCUCCGAGGCCACCUGCUUCUUCCUGGGCUCCCUGACGCGGAUGCCAGCGGUUCGCACCUUUGCUCUAAACGCCGCCCUGGCUGUGCUCUUUGACUUCCUGCUCCAGAUGUCCAUGUUCGUGGCGCUGGUCUCUCUUGAUGCCCGCAGGCAGGAGGCCGCCCGCCUCGACCUCUGCUGCUGCCACCGCCUGAGCAAGGCGGGGUGCCCAGCGCGGAGUGAGGGGCUGCUGCGCCCCUUCAUGCGGCUCAUCUAUACCCCCGUGCUGCUGAACUGUGCCGUCAGGGCCCUGGUGAUGCUGUUUUUCCUGUUCAUGUUCUGUGCUGGGAUCUACCUGGCGCUGCAGGUGCCCGUGGGGCUGGACCAGGAGCUGGCGAUGCCCAAGGACUCCUACAUGGUGCAAUACUUCCAGUACCUGAACCAAUAUUUCAUGGUGGGCCUGCCCACCUACUUCGUCACCACCGGCGGUUACAACUUCUCCACCGGUCCCGGCAUGAACGGCGUCUGCUCCAGUGCCGGCUGCGACAACAGCUCCCUGACCCAGAAGAUCCAGUAUGCCACAAGAUUCCCCAAUGUAUCCUACCUGGCCAUCCCUGCUUCGUCCUGGGUGGAUGACUUCAUUGACUGGCUCCACCCGCUGUCGAGAUGCUGCCGCAUCAGCUCCAGCGACAGCCAGUUCUGCCCAUCCACCAACACCACCGCCAGCUGCCCGCUCAGCUGUAUGAGGAACCUGAGUGAGGUCAUUCGCCCCUCGGUGGAGCAGUUCAACCACUUCCUGCCCUGGUUCCUGCACGACAUGCCCAACCUCAACUGCCCCAAGGGGGGGCUGGGAGCCUACGACACCGCUGUGAAGCUGGGCCCAGACGGUGAGAUCCAGGCCUCGCGGUUCAUGGCCUACCACACCCCCCUCACUAACUCCCAGGAAUACACAGCCGCGCUGCGGGCAGCACGGGCACUGGCGACCAACAUCACCAACUCCAUGCGGCGGGUGCCGGGCACCGACCCCAACUUCCGGGUCUUCCCUUAUACGGUCACCUACGUGUUCUACGAGCAGUACCUCACCAUUGUCAAUGAGGGGCUCUUCAACCUGGCGCUCUGCCUGGUGCCCACCUUCGCCGUCUGCUGCGUGCUGCUGGGCAUGGACCUGCGCUCGGGCCUCAUCAACCUGCUCACCAUCCUCAUGAUCCUGGUGGACACUGUGGGCGCCAUGACGCUCUGGGACAUCAGCUACAAUGCCAUCUCCCUCAUCAAUCUGGUGACGGCUGUGGGCAUCUCGGUGGAGUUCGUGUCCCACCUGACCCGGGCCUUUGCUGUCAGCACCCAGCCCACUCGGCUGGAGAGGGCCAAGGAGGCCACCAUCAACAUGGGCAGCGCGGUCUUUGCAGGCGUGGCCAUGACCAACCUGCCGGGCAUCGUGGUGCUGGCAUUCGCCAAGGCCCAGCUCAUCCAGAUCUUCUUCUUCCGCCUGAACCUGCUUAUCACGCUGCUGGGCCUGCUGCACGGCCUGGUCUUCCUGCCUGUGCUGCUCAGCUACUUCGGGCCCAGCUCCAGCCCCGCUGCAGCCCUGGCUGAGGCCCCGCAGCUGGAGCCGGAGAAGAGGAGCCCUGAGGGUAGUCUGACCACGAGGAACCCCAGCUUCCAGGACAAGGAAGAGCAGAGCAAGGGCCGGGGGCCCGGAGACCCCCCCAUGGCCUCCCACCGCCUCUGA